AUGACCCAAACCAGGAGCUUUGCUGACAGAAUUAUCCUUGAUCCCAGUGAACUUACUUCCGCGAAUAGAAACCUCAAGGAUGUUGCGGACUGUGUUGUUCUAGUUGGCCAGACCCGCAAGAUCCUGGACGACGGAACCGAGUCCAAUGUCAUCGUCGAUGUCGAGCUUUUUUCAGCAGAGUGGGCUCUUCAAUUCAGUAUUGAUAAUGAUGGCAAAGGCGAAAGAACAAAGGAAAUGACGACUGAGAUCGGCAUGACGACCACAAGCGGAAAAGAAGUUUCUACUUCAGUCUCGGCCAGCGCGGGAUUCAGUGGCUGGGGAGUCUCUGCAGAAGUGAAUGCUUCAAUAGAGGAGAAAUCAUUCAAUACAAUGGAGACUUCGACAUUGACGAGAGUUACGGAUACCUACACUUGUCCGUCCGAGUCAGCUAUCUUUGUCUAUAAACGACGCUAUAAAUUUUGCUGCAGAACUUGGCUUUACAAUGCCGCCCAGAAUGCAUGGUUUGAGUCCAAUACAGGGAGAAUAGAAGGAUAUUUUACCAACGAGAUCGCUUCAAAUCAGGAGUUGAUCAGCCCGCUGGCAUUGAGUAGCCACGGCAGGAUCACCAAUGAUCCUCCCUCGGGCCUUGUUAUCCCCACGAAAGGUUGGAACAUCGAGACCGCUGGAGGCCUAUCGAGUAUUAUCCUCGGCUACAUAAGAGCUUGGUACCCUUGGGUCAAAUAG